CCACACCUGACACACCCACUAAACCAUAACUCGCGAAACACAAAAUCAACUAGCAGAAAUAUUUCUCUACAAAAAAUAAUACCAGUACUAAAAAAAUUCUCUCCUCUCUUUCGCUCUCUCAUGUCUUUGUAAUCUUCCCUCAGUCCAUGGCGAAAGCCCGCGCUACGAGACGAACUCUGGACUCCUACACUGUUAAAUCCAUCAACAAAACCAUCCGAGCCGGCGACUGCGUGUUGAUGAGACCUUCCGAUCCGGGAAAGCCGUCGUACGUGGCUAAACUGGAGAAGAUCGAGUCGGACAGCAGAGGAGCCAACGUCAAGAUCCACGUCCGGUGGUAUUAUCGGCCGGAGGAGUCGAUCGGCGGCCGCCGGCAGUUCCACGGAUCGAAGGAACUGUUUCUCUCCGACCACUACGACGUCCAGAGCGCCGAUACUAUCGAAGGCAAGUGCACGGUGCACAGCUUCAAGAGCUAUACCAAGCUUGACGCUGUUGGCAACGACGAUUUCUUCUGUCGUUUCGAGUAUAAUUCGUCCACCGGAGCGUUUAAUCCUGAUAGAGUCGCCGUGUACUGUAAGUGUGAGAUGCCUUACAACCCUGACGACUUAAUGGUUCAAUGCGAAGGCUGCACAGAUUGGUCAUAUUUCGAAUACGCAGUGUUUAUGGAGGCUAAUGAUUGUUCCCAAAGUGGAGGAACAACGGAUUGCGCCAAUUCCAAAGGGAGGUCAGGGGUUCGAGCCUCCAUGGAGGUUUCACCCCACAUGUAUAGACAUGACCCCUGAGGAUGCAAAAAAACUUGAGCACUUCUUCUGUCAAGUUUGUUCCCCUGAAGAGCAAAAGAAGUUGCAGAAUUCUCAUGCUGCUGCCAGAAACUCGGAUACAAAGGUGGAUACAAAACGCCGUCGGAGGUGAUAUACUAAAAAAAAAAAAAAAAAAAAAAAAAUCAAAACAAAAAACCACAAGGUGAGGUAGAUAUUUACCGGAAGUUAUGUCUUCAGAGUUCUGUAGGCUUCAAACCAACACAGAGGCAAUGGUAUCUGCUUCACAAGCAACAAUAUUUGUGAGCUGAUGUGAGAGGGAAACUGGUUUGAGAACUCUUGUUAUGUCCAUAUGGUGUGAGAGACAAUAAUCUUGUUUCCUUUUCAAAGUUCGAGGAUGUGUUUGGUUGUCUGUAAUUAUGUAAUGUAGAUUUACCUUAUUUUCUCAUUUUCUGGCUUCUUUUUUAAAUUAUUAGAGUUUUAUGUGUAUCAAUCAUCCAAAUACUUUUCAACCUAUUUAACUGCAAUAGAUGAAAGGAUUCCAUUUCAAGUAUUUUGUUA